CUCUUGUUUGGAGCAGCGAUUCCACGGAGGGGCUGAGACCCGCAACAGCCUGCGCUAACCGAGGGCGAGUCUGAACCAUUUCAUCCUCUGGAUUUUACGCGCAACCGGACUAUUUUUAUUUUUUUUUUCUGCGUUUUUUUCCACGUUUGUGUGAGGACAAGAGCAAAAAAAGAAGAAUCACUCGUAAACGGCAACUGCGUGGCCACGCUCUCCCUCCCACCCCAGCCGAGGUCGUCUAGCUGGAGAUCCAUUCUCUUGCGUGGCACAAGUCUGGUAUUUUCUUUCAGCUGCAGACCCAGACUGACGGAGGGGAUCAGUCCAAGAGGAGCUAACGGGAGAAAUUUGGUUUUUAAACCGAGCAGGAACUGCUCUGCGGGGAUCUUACUAUACCCUGUUCUUGCUGGAUGGCAUAGGCAAAAACGGGUGGGGGGGGUUUCAUUCAUUUUUCAGCCCCUCUCAGCCACCACCCCUGUGGAUCUGUCCGUGUGUUUUUUUUCCACCCUCCUCUUCAUCAUUCAGCCUUGUUCACGAGUGGAAUGCUGUGAACGAUUUAUUGGGCUGCUUGUGGAAUUAUAAAUAAUAAUAGUAAAAAAAAAAAAAAAGUCUAGGCAGACUUGUGUUUUUAUUAUCCACGCUAGGCCUUAACACACUGGAGGCGCACUGCUGUUUUUAAGAGAUGGAGAAUGAAGAUGGGGAUUACCAUCAUUUAUCCAGGAAAAUCAUUGGCCCGUGUGCCACACCAGCCAAAGUGUACAGUGAUCGGCAAAAAUAGCAGACUGCAUUUUUGGGAUUUUUCUUUCCGAUCAAAAACGCCUCCCCUCUCCAAUCAAAUCGCCUUUAUUUAUAUUUUUAAGUAGAUCUACAUAAAAAAAAAACAACAACACACGUUUGGAGGCUACUAAAGAGUAGCCUUUCGGGCUACAGACAUUUAUUAUUCCUUUUUUAUUUUCUUCAAUUCCUGUUUUUAUUUUAAUGUGCAGGAUCUCUUGCAAGGGGUGGACGUGUACGAACCAGUUAUUUUUAUUUUUAUUUUUUUUGCGUUUUUUGAAAGGAAAAUAAUGAACGAGGGAGCAGAAACAUCGAUGGGUAGCCUGACCUUGUUUUGGGGUUUGCUGCUGUUUUUUUCUUCUGUCUGCGUGCGAUCCACUCAUGGAGAGAUCUGUAGCCCGAGUAUUGACAUCCGGAAUUACAUAAGUGAAUUCCAGGCUCUUGAGAACUGCACAGUGUUGGAAGGUUUCCUACAAAUCGUUUUAAUCAAUGAAAAGACAAGCAACAUCAAUCAGGAGGUCUUCCGCACCCUCAGCUUCCCGAAGCUGACAGUCAUCACCGACUAUCUGCUGUUGUUCCGCGUUCCUGGCCUGGAUAGCCUCAGCACGCUCUUCCCCAACUUGAGCGUCAUUCGGGGCCGUAAUCUCUUAUAUGGAAAUGCUUUGGUGAUCUAUGAGAUGACCAACCUAAAGGACAUUGGCCUUUACAACCUGAUGAACAUCACCCGUGGGACAGUGCAGAUUGAAAAGAACCCAGAGCUCUGUUUCCUGGACUCAGUGGACUGGUCUCUGAUCAUGGACAGCAAUGUUAAUAAUGUUAUAACCGGGAACAAGAAGUCGAAGGAGUGUGAUGAUGUCUGCCCAGGCACAAUGGAGGACAACCCUACAUGUCAGAGGACAUUGGUCAAAGGCAACAAUGACCACCGCUGCUGGACAUCAAAGCAUUGUCAGAAAGUGUGUCCUCAGCAGUGCAAGUUGGCCUGUAUGGACAAUGGGGAGUGUUGCCACAGUCAGUGCUUGGGGGGCUGCUCCGAACCCAACAACGACAUGGCCUGUUCGGCGUGCAUCCACUACAAACACGAGGGUCGCUGCGUGCCGGACUGUCCUGGAGGCACCUUCAUGUUCGAGGGCUGGCGUUGCAUCACCAAGAGGGAGUGCUCUGAAGUGCACCUCUCCAACGACAUUCCCUUUGUUAUCCACAACAGAGAAUGUAUGAAUGAGUGUCCCUCUGGCUUCACUCGCAGUGAAACUGAUCGCAUGCUGUGCACCGCUUGCAAUGGUCUGUGCGACAAGUUCUGUACGUCUUCUGUUAUUGAUUCUGUGGAUGCUGCUCAGUCCCUGAAGGAGUGCACCGUCAUCGAAGGCAAUCUGGUCAUCAACAUCCGCAACGGAAUUAAUAUAGCCUCGGAGCUGGAGACCUUCAUGGGACUGAUCCAGACAGUGAUGGGAUAUGUGAAAAUUCGACACUCUCACUCUCUCAGCUCGUUGUCCUUCCUCAAAAGCCUCCGAUACAUCAACGGAAAAGAACUUAUUGAAGACACAUAUUCGUUCUCCGCCGUCAACAACCAGAAUCUGCAGUCCUUGUGGAAUUGGACCCAGCACAACCUGACUAUUCAGACAGGGCGUAUCUUCUUCCGUGGAAACCCAAAGCUCUGCAAGUCUGAGAUUCACGCCAUGUGGGAAAAAACGGGCAUAACUGUAGAGCCAGAAGAGGGUGAUUUCCGCUACAACGGUGAAAGAGCCAGCUGUGAAAGUCACACCUUGAAGUUCAAGUCUAACUUUACAACAAGCAACACGAUCACCCUGACGUGGGAACGCUACCAAGUCUCCGACCGUGGAGAUCUUUUAAGCUUCAUAGUCUACUACAAGGAGUCACCUUCCCAGAAUAUCACAGAGUUUGAUGGCCAGGAUGGCUGUGGCUCCAAUAGCUGGCACAUGGUGGACGUAGACCUUCCACAGGACAGAAAUACAGAUCCCAAAUUUACUCUUCAAUAUCUCAAGCCCUGGACCCAGUACGCCAUUUAUGUGAAAGCCACCACCUUGCAGAUGAAGGACGAACACAUCUCUGGGGCGAAGAGCGACAUCAUUUAUAUCCGCACGCGACCUUCAUUGCCGUCCGUGCCCAAAGAUGCCCAUGCAUAUGCCAACUCUUCAACCAAGUUGAUAGUGAAGUGGUCACCUCCAGUUUUUCCCAACGGCAAUCACAUUUACUACCUGGUGCGCUGGCAGCGGCAGCAUGAAGACCAGGAGCUCUACAAGUAUAAUUACUGCUCCAAAGGGCUGAAGUUACCAAUCCGGAGCUCAUCAUUAGAGCCCAUAGAGGGGAAAGAUCACCUAACCCCCCCCAAAAUUACUCUGCCUGGAGAAAAAAUGGAACAGUGCUGUCCUUGCCAGAACACACCCGAAGAGAAGGAUAAGGACAAGCAUGACCACUACUUUUUAAAAGCUUUUGAGAACUUCCUCCAUAAUGUCAUCUUUCUUCCAAGACCUCCAGAUCGUCGUCGCAGAGACCUUUUUGGUCUUGCUAACAACACUCAGUUUCACGACAGCAGUCAGGGCAAUACUACCCUUGGCUCAGGGGAUAACGGCACACAUGUCAUCCCUCCUGUCAUUGAGUAUCCCUUCCUUGAUGACAGAACAUCAGCAGAAUCUCUAGAAAUCUCUGACCUAAAGCCUUUCACCUUGUACCUUAUUGAAAUCCACGGCUGCAACGAGGACCUGGGCUACAACUGCAGCAUCGGAGCUUUUGUUUUUUCUAGGACUAAACCUGCCGCCAAAGCAGAUGACAUCCCUGGGAAGGUUGUCCAUGAAAUCUGUGACAAGACUGAGGGGUGUGUGGUGCUGCACUGGUCAAAGCCCGUCAUGCCUAACGGACUUAUUCUGAUGUAUGAGAUUAAGUACCGUCUGGGGAAUGAGCCUGAGAAGCAUAAGUGUGUGUCGCAUCAGCAGUACCACAAAUACAACGGAGUUCGCUUGACGAUCCUGAGCUCCGGGAACUACUCUGCUCAAGUGAGGGCCACGUCUCUGGCAGGAAAUGGCUCAUGGACAGAGAGCAUUUUCUUCUACGUGCCUCCGCCUAAACGAGAUGAUUUUGCGACUCUCUACUUGGUCAUCAUCCUGCCCAUUAUAGCGACUCUCGUAAUCGCAAGCCUCACCACCAUUCUCCUCAUCAUCAACAAAAAGAGAAACAACAACAGACUUGGGAAUGGAGUCCUUUAUGCAUCUGUCAACCCAGAGUACAUCAGUGCGGCUGAAAUGUACACUCCAGAUGAGUGGGAGGUUGCCAGGGAAAAGAUCACCAUGCACAAGGAGCUGGGGCAGGGCUCCUUCGGCAUGGUGUACGAAGGCACAGCAAAAGGCGUCAUCAAGGAUGAACCUGAGACACGGGUGGCGAUCAAGACGGUGAACGAGUCAGCAAGCAUGAGGGAGCGGAUAGAGUUUCUGAACGAGGCGUCCGUGAUGAAAGAGUUCAACUGUCAUCAUGUGGUGCGGCUGCUGGGUGUGGUCUCUCAGGGACAACCAUCCUUGGUUAUCAUGGAGCUGAUGACCCGUGGGGAUCUCAAGAGCCACCUCCGCUCUCUUCGUAAUGAAAACACCUCCUCUCAGGUCUUGCCCCCGCUGAAAAAGAUGAUCCAGAUGACAGGGGAGAUUGCAGAUGGCAUGGCUUACCUGAACGCCAACAAGUUUGUCCACAGAGACCUGGCUGCCAGGAACUGCAUGGUAGCGGAGGACUUCACGGUGAAGAUAGGAGAUUUUGGCAUGACCAGAGAUAUUUAUGAGACGGAUUACUAUCGAAAAGGAGGAAAGGGCCUGCUGCCAGUUCGCUGGAUGUCUCCAGAGUCACUGAAAGAUGGCGUCUUCACAACAAUGUCUGAUGUCUGGUCAUUUGGUGUCGUGCUGUGGGAGAUCGCCACCUUAGCUGAACAGCCUUACCAGGGCAUGUCCAAUGAACAAGUGCUGCGCUUUGUCAUGGAAGGGGGACUCCUGGACAAACCCGACAACUGCCCGGACAUGCUGUUUGAGCUGAUGAGGAUGUGCUGGCAGUACAACCCCAAGAUGCGUCCGUCCUUCCUGGAGAUCAUCAGCAGCAUCAAAGGGGAUCUGGAUCCCCACUUCCAGGAGGUGAGCUUCUUCUACAGUGAGGAGAACAAGCCGCCGGACAUGGAGGAGCUCGACAUGGAGGUGGAGAACAUGGAGAACAUUCCACUGGACCCUGUAUCUACCAGGCAACCAUCAGCUGCUGGCGUUCCCCCAUCUGGGUGUAUGGGAAGCAGGUCACCUCCUUCCUCGCAGCAGUUAUCCCCCUUGCAAGGCCCAAGUACUCCCUUACUAGGAUGUGUGUCCCAUUCGCCACCGGGGCCUCUGCCCUCGGCCAUGACGUCUUCGGGACAGGGCUCGGACAAGCACUCAGGACAUGCUUUGCCCAACGGGCCUGUGGUGGUCCUGCGGCCCAACUUUGAUGAGUUGGAGCCAUACGCACACAUGAACGGAGGCAGAAAGAACGAGCGCGCGUUACCGCUGCCCCAGUCGUCGGCCUGCUGAUAUCAGUCCAGCAUCUCCUCUUCCUCUCACACAGGGUAACUAAAACCUCUCAGUCUCUUCAGGAGAGUUGGGCGAGGUAAGAAAAUUACUUUGUUUCUACUGUGUGCCAGUAGAUGGGCUCUCCACUCCAUUUAAGGCGUGGAACGACCAGAGAACACAAACUCUGAGAACGGUAUAACAGCACAGAAACCUGCUGAGGCAUGUGGAGUUUGGUGGCUCAGACACAUUGGGGGACUCCUUCCUGUGCGGCCUACAUUGUUACAUACAAGCCCUUCAAGAAGGAAGGAUGUAUAUUGGCACACAGACUUCUACAUGAACUCAAGAAAAAAUCUUUUUAGCAUAUCUGCCAGCAAAACCAACAGAAGAGCACUUUUGUCCUGAGGAUUUCAGAGAGGAUGUGAUGAAUAUAUUGAGCGUCUAUUUAUAGAAUCCCAUCAUUCUCUCUACAUUAUGGUAAAGCUCCUCCUUUUUGUGAGCCAGCCGGGUUCAUGUUGUGUGGCAAAAUCUCCUUUAAAAAUAAGACUCUUAAAUAUUAUUAUUUUCUACGUGAUCCUGUCAGGUGUGGGUUAAAUUGGUAGGCCUGUUUUGUAUCUGCCAAACUUUUGCCAAAUCAAGCUUUUCCUUCAGCCUCCUAAGGGUGUCCUCUUUUUUGUUAAAAACUGUGAUUCAGAGUUAAUGACAAAUCAAAUCCUCCUGUGCAAUAAAGAAAAAAAAUACUUGCCAUAUAACUUAGAAUGUUUUUACUAAAUUUAAAUGCAAUUGUUAACAGAUUAUGCUGGGCCAAAUAACACAUCAUAAGCAGAAGCCAGCCCAAACACAAUACCAGGUACAAGACUUUACUUAAAGAAGUGACUAUCAGGUCAUAAGCAGCCACAAUAUUGUGAUUGGAGAUGGAGAAUGCAGACUUUGAAUUUGAUUUGUGCUAUUGUGUUGAUAGCGAUAAAAGCUGAUAAUAAAUAAAUCAUUUUGGCUGUAAAUCUGUUACUACAUGCAGUCAGAUCCUCAAAAACAAACAUUGAAACUAAAACUACAAUACAGUAUUCAUUCCAAUCAAUCCUACUUUUAAAAAUAAUAACCACAAUGUAUGCAUUGAAAAAUAGUUCAUAAAGCAAACAAUAAAAUUGAUCUUUAGUUCUGAACAACUAAACAAUUGCUAUAUAAAAAUAUUUUAUCCCUCCAUAUUAAUUAAACAAAAAGUAGAUCAAGGUUUUAAACAUUCAUAUUCGAGGCAUAAAACAUAAGACACAGGGCUGGGUGAUACAAUGUAAAAAUAUUUCAAUAUAUUUAGGAUUUAUAGCAUUACACAACGAGACAUGUAAAUUCAUUCCUAAUCACUCUAAUUACAUUCAACCUCUGACUUCAGUGGCAAACCACAACUCAGAUUUAUCAGGUUAAUAAAAGUUGCAGCUGUCCUCUCACAUAAUCCAGCAUUAGAAAUGACUUAACGAGUCUGGCUCCAAAGGUUAAGAUACUAUUUUUGUCUCAUUUUGAAAAGAUUAUAUUUGACUGGCAACUAUUUUUGCAAAAAACAUGUGAUAACUGAUAUUACAGGGAAAAUACAAAUCCGUUACCACUGACAGCUGACAAGAUUGCAAAACUUUUAACUACUGAACAAAAUAUCCAAAUAAACAACUGUUUGCACAGCAUGAGAGAGAAAACAUGGGACAUGCUUUGACACAUCAGCGAUUUAAACACAUGGGAAAUAAAUUGAAAAUCUCGGAAAAAUUAUUACAAGUUACUCUGUAGGGUUUAAAAUUAACAAUACAGUACAAUCUGUCUAGAAACUGAUUAUGCAAUCAAUGUUUAGCAUAAUAUUUACACCUGCGACAGGCUAAGAGAUGGCAGAAUAAAAACUUUAAAAAGCUGUUUCAUAAAGGCAUCAAAUUACUAACACUUUAUCGUUAGUACUGGUAUUGAGAAAGGUCACAUAAAACUACUCUUUGUUUUCUGGCUGCCUAGUGUUGUAAGUGUUUUUUAUCUUUGUAGAUACUCCCAUCAAGAUAAGGUGCCUUGACGGAUUUUUGCGCUGCAGCCCUCAAGUAGUCUUUCCUCUUUUGCAAGAUCAUUAGCCAAAAUGUAGCUUUUAAUAAAACUUGAGCAGCUUUUGUGGCAAUGAGCUGAUGGCUCUCUCAUCCAGGAUGAUAAAAUGUCAGAGUUGUUUCAAGUGUAUCACUUCUCUAAAAGUUCAUGAUGCAGGACUGUUUUCAUUUGUAAACCUAUUUAUUUGUUAAUUUAGCAUCUGUCACUAAAAACUAAAUUGUUGGGCUGUUAUUUUUACCUUUGUCACAACUUGUAAACAGUCUGGAUGCUAAAGAGUUUUUUUUUUUAAUGGCUGGGGGAGAUCUGAGUAAGCGAUUUGAUCUGCAUUAGGGAAAAACAUAUUUAUCACCCAGUCCCAAGUUGAAUUACCAGAAACCACUUAAGCCUAAUCAAUUAAACAAUCAGUUCAAAAAGCAAUCCCAGAUGAGCCCCAAAAUUAUUAUGGCUGAAACUCAGUAAUAAGACAGAAUUGCCCAGUUUGGCUGAAUUUUGGGAAAUUAAUAUAAACAGGAGAGAAAAAUGCUGAAAAUGCUGUGCUAGUAUUUGUAACAUGCCUCAUAUCAUGCAGCAUAGCUUGUGCGCUUUAACAAAGAGAAAGUACAGCUGUGACAUUACAUUGUUUCAAACUGAUGUAAAAAUGUGGUUUCUCACAGAAUGAACCAAAAAAUAUAACAUAUCAGCAUGAUACAGAUGCACUCAAAUCAUGUUAUAAAACAUUUAAAAAUCUGAUUAUAAUUUAUUAAUGACAUUCAACUACCAAUAGUACUUGCAGUUCUUGAAUCUAGAUCAAAAAUGAAGUUCUUGUAGCAUUUUGAUUAGUGUAUAAUAUAAGAUAGAUUUUUUGGGGGGAAGGGGGUUAAAUAAUAUCCACAACAAUUAAAAAAUUUGUUCCACCUCAGGAAAAUCCCUUUUCACAUAUGUUUGGUCCAAAAAACAACAACUCUGAAUUACUAUCUCAGUCUAUUCUUUAGUUUGAAAUAUGUUUCAGUGCAAAUCAUUGGUCCUCUAGAGCUGGCAACCCAGCUUGUCACCCUGCUUUACUUUCUCAAAGUUUUGAGAUGAACAUUGUUCAGAUCCAGUGGUAUCAAAAUCACAGCAACAAAUUGGAGGCAUCAAUCGAGAGGCUGUUGGAUCAGAUUUAGUAGCCUAGAGGCAAACGUUCAAGUCUCUAAAAAAUGGUCAUUAUUGGUCUUUCUUGCAUUUCAAACACACAGGAAAGGUCUUACAGUUGCAUUUUAGACUGCAGGAUCAUUUUUAUACACAUCAUUGGGUUUUGUCACUUUUAAAAAAAAAUUAAAUACAACUUUUUUAUACUUUUAAAAAUGUUUGCCUCUAUGUCUGUACAGAACAAAGCUGCUAUUUUAUUCUUUUUCUCUUUUUGGAUGUUAUAUAUAUAAAUAUAUCUAUAUAUAGAGAACUCCUUCAGGUUUGCUAUUUUAUGAUCUCCACAGCAGUCCCUUUUUAUAUCUUUAAGCUCUGUUUAAAACAAAAAAUAAAAGAAAGUUACCCCUCAAGAUUUUGAGUAACACUAAAUUUCAUUCAUUGCCUUUUUUAAUGACUAUGUCUCUUGUUGUUUUGUCAAUAUAUAUAAUUAUUAGAGAUGAACAUGUUAGCUCGAUGUGUGAGCUUGUACUUCUACACCCUUUGUUUUGUUUUUUUCUAUUAUUAUUGUUUAGCACUGUGCCUAGUGUUGCCCCCUAGGUACGAUUUAAUCUCAGGUUAAAGUAAAGGCUUUGCUUUCCCCACACAUUCUCCUCUCCUUUACUUGCCUCACCUUUUGCCCCUUUCUAAGUCACCCCUCUCAUGUUUUCUAAAGUGAAACAGUUUCCUCUUCCCUUCCCUUUGCUGGUCUCUAACAGCAAACCUCCCCUCCCUGUGCCUCCUUUCAAAGUCAGGAUUAGCUCCGACAUACAAGACGGCACUUCAGACAAGAUCUGGUUUUGUAAACCCAUCCAUCUCAUGCCUAAUCUCCAGUAAAUAGGGCUAACUGGGUUCUCUUGUUUGCCUUAAAUAUGUCAACCAUAUACUCUAAGCAUUUAAAGUUUGCAAUUUUCAUUUUAUCUUCUCAAGCACAAAAUGACAUCACUCCUGCUAGUAUCAAAAUUUCAAGAUGAGAUUUCAAAAGCCGCAUCUGAAAGCCAAAUAAGGGAUGGGUUAAAGUCCAGGGAAGGGAACAAGUUUCAAUGUCACGAUUGAAAAUAAAAGGUCUUAAAAUGGCUGAAUAGUAAAAAGUGUGUUGAAGGAUUUCUAAUGUUGCCUGGUGAUUUUCUUUUUUUUCUCCUCUUAAACUUAUUUUCCUUGUAGGAGUGUUUAUUUAUUUAUUGUUGUAUUUUCCUUUUGAAUACCAGUAAAAAUCACUGUAAAAAUGCCCCAUAAAUAAGUACAAACUUGGUUUAAUAUUUUUAUUAUUUUAUGUAUGCAUUGUCCUUGAUGUCAUGGCGAGGGUACUUGUUUUUUUGUUGUUUUUUUUCUUCCAUUCAGGCGUAUAUCUACCUCACUCUUUUUAAAUAUGUGUAUAAGCAAAAACAAAUACAUCUCACUCUUAAAUUUUAGGAUAAACCUCACCUAGUUAAAUUUAAAAAAAAUCCACAGGGAUCUAGAUAAAACCUCAUAUAAAGCAGACUGGGACAGAAGGUGGAAUGAGUUCGGCCUGUGAAUGCCCACACGACUGGUUUUACGAAAAAAUCAAGUUUCUAUCUCAAAUUUAGAAUAAAGACACCACAGAGCUGACAAAACUUCACUGUUUUUCAGCAGGAUCAUGAACAACCAGUGUGGAUCAGUAUGUGAUGAAACAGAGCCAAACAUUCCAUCUCCACUGAGUUCCGACCUAUUGUCACAACCUUCAAAUCCUCAAAUCACAACCAUCAGAAUCUCCUCAAAAAUGUAUUUAUAAAGAAAUCUUAAAAAGAUGACACAGGAAAUAUUAAGAAAGGGAAAUGUGUUAUUUACCUCCAAGAAUGAAAUAAAUAAAAAACACACUACAUAUGUAUGCGGUUCUACUUGCAGGUGAUAUGCCAUUUUAAAACCUUCACUUUAUUCCAAAACCGACAGCAUUUAAGUUCUGCCUGAAGUAUCAAUAAGUGUUGUGAAUGUAACAAGGACAGAUAUGUAGUUUUCACACAAAGCAUCUAAGAAAAAGGAAAAUCUCACCUUGUACCUGUUUCUACCUUCUGUAAGCAUAAAAAAACACUUUUCGAUUAUAAGUGGCAGAGAGCUAAAAAGCCACUAUUUAGUUUUAUCAUUUCUGUAAACUCCAUGUGGUUCUUUGUCAUGUAUCGAUUAGAAAUGUUGUGUCCAUGUGAUUUUCCUAGUUUUGAUCUUUCAGACAUUACAAUGGAUAUAAAACGUUUACACACCGCUGGUAAAAUGCCAGAUUUCUGACAUGUUCAAGAGUUGGACCAAGAUAAACCAUUUCAGAGUUUUAACCCUCUCUAAUGUGACCCACUCAAAACACUGUUGUAAUGUAAAUGUGUCCCCAUUAAACUAUGUUGUAUGGGACCAUUCAAUCUAAGCUUCAAGGCAUGACUCUACCACCAUUUUGCAUCACUGAGUGUAUGAGGUUUUUUUUAUUUAUUUAUUUAUUUUUUUUGCUAAGGUGCCUUGUUUGUUCUAAACACCUUUUUAAAAACAUAGCCCCCCAAAAAAUUAAACACUGGUUUUGUUGAACUGCAACACAUUUUCAUGUCAUGGGUUAGGGAAAUGUCAAAUGUGUUUUUGCAAAAUUGGAUUGGAUUCCAGUUUGUCAUUCUACUCCUUAGCCUAGACACAUAAAGAACACAGGAGGCCAUCAUCUCACAUGCUACACAGUCAGUACUUGCCAGACUUCCUGACCAGUUUUCUUCUCGUCUUUCCACUAACUUCGGAUGUUGUCCAGUGUCUGGUAAUGUCAUUGUUGCGCCCCAAUUUCUCAACCUGAUGUUGACUCUUUGAACUGUGCUCCAUGGAAUAUCUAAAACCUUGGAAACUCUUUUGUGCUCUUCUCUCAAAGAUUUUUGGUUUGUUUUUCAAGUUUGUAGUACAUUAAAGGAGGAAAACGUUCUGACAUGGUUUAUCAUGAUUUCACUUUUUACAUAUAAGCAGGCAUGUUAACAGGGGUUGUGUUUCCACUGUAUCUAUACACACCACUUUUAGUGCUGCCAGUUUAGUCACCACAGUGGAUCUUACAGCAUCACCAAAAAUGUUAUCUGUACAAGGAAGCGAAAGCAGCUCCAACACCUCAAAACCUCUUUCAAAGCCUCAGCUGCACGUUUUACUCAUGGCCAUCGGCAUAUUGACGGACUUGGAGGAAAGCUGGGCUUUUUCUUUUCCUUUUUUUCAAAUUAGAAGUUACUCACAAGGUAACUUUUAAUAUAAAAGUUUGGUGCUCAGUCCUCUUAAUCAUGCAACUGAACAAUCUAUUCAUGUUUUUUAAAGAGCCAAGUUGCUGCUGAAUUUCUUUACAGAAACCACCACUGACAAGCAAAAAAGUUCAAGACGUUAACAUAUCUGUGUGUUUAUGUUUGUCCAGAAAUCGUUAAAUAUUUUUGUUUUUCAGUUCUUAGGAGUCACUGAUAUGCUAAGGGAGGAGCUACCAGUUACUAUUAGAUCCCGAACCUGUCAAAUCUGCAACAUUUCCAACAUGGACAGAGCCAGGAAAGGGAUGUUGCAUAAAUUACGGGUAGUUCAGGUAACAAGUGAACAAUGUAGUUAGAAAAAGAUAAUUUAAAGUUUCACAAGUUCUUCAAUUUACUGUAGACUGUAACCAUAAUCAUACUCACAUUCUUUCAAUUUUUUCAUUAAAAAAUGUCAGGUUUAUGGAGAAGGCAUCACAGCAGUCUCCUGCAAUAAUUAGGUUUGAGGUGUAUCGAUUCACUCAUGUCUGUUUUUGUUUUAUUUCAUCUGCAUUCCUAAAACCUUCGGAGGGGCCUUGGUCUUCUACUGCUACUACAUUUAUUAAAUUCUGUGUUCAUAACUUGACGGGGGAAGAAUAAUCAAACUGUUUUCUCUAGUCUCUGUCUUCUUUUCAAGCUCUGUAUCUGAGGCCUCAAAGUUGUUUUUUCACACUUAUAGCUGAGAUGGUGUAUUUUUGACAAGCCGUCUCAAAAAUGUGUAUAAGAGAAUUUCUUGUAUUUUACUUUUUUCUGAAAUUUUGAAUAAAUAAGUAAAUGAGAA